AUGGAUUCAAGCCUGUACAGAGCUGCCAUGGAAGGCAAUAUCAAUGUCCUCGUGCAAAACAAAGACCAACUUGAAGUCCAAGUGACCCCAAACAACAACACUGUCCUCCAUAUCGCAGCCCUGUUUGGAAACACACAAUCUGUGAUAGAGAUCUUGAACAUGUGUCCAUCGAUGUGUCGUCGAGUGAAUUCAAAAGGUGAGACUUCCCUUCAUAUAGCAUCAAGGGAAGGUCACUCUGACAUAGUCCGAAAACUCAUUGAAUUUGCAAAAGCAAUGGAUGAAGAGCUUGAAAAUGGGGUCGGAACGGCCAUGGAAAUGCUGAGGAUGACAAACGAUGACAAAGACACGGCCUUGUAUGAGGCUGUGCGAAAUCACCACUAUGUUGUGGCUCAAUUGUUGACACAAGCUGAUCCUGAGUUUCUAAAUCCAGCCAAUAAUGCCGAGGAGACGCCUCUUUACCUGGCUGCGGAGAGGGGGUACAUAGGCUUAGUGUCAGAGAUCUUAAAAACUUGUAGAUCACCGGCCUAUGGUGGUCCUGGUGGUAAAACAGCUCUCCACGCUACAGUCCUUGGCAAUUUUGAAGGAUGUACCGAGAAAUUACUAGACUGGAAACCAGAUCUUAUAAAGGAAGCAGACAUACAUGGGUGGACACCAAUUCACUAUGCUGCACGAUUUGGUUAUGUAUCGAGGGCUAAACAGCUAUUGAAUGUAGAUAAAUCAGUUACAUACCUUGCAGACAAGGAUGACAAAAGGACAGCUCUUCACAAAUUACUAGACUGGAAACCAGAUCUUAUAAAGGAAGCAGACAUACACGGGUGGACACCAAUUCACUAUGCUGCACGAUUUGGUUAUGUAUCGAGGGCUAAACAGCUAUUGAAUGUAGAUAAUUCAGUUACAUACCUUGCAGACAAGGAUGACAAAAGGACAGCUCUUCACGUAGCUGCAGCUCACGGCCAUUUGAAUGUAAUGGAAGAGCUAAUAUCGCACUGUCCUGAUUGUUGGGAGAUGGUAGAUAACAGAGGCCAGAAUAUUCUUCACAUUGCGGUUGAGAAUGGGAAGAAAAGGGUAAUCAAAUUUAUCUUGCAAAAUUUCUCACUCAGAGGCCUUCUAAAUCAAAAAGAUGCUGAUGGGAACACAGCUCUUCAUCUACUUGCUGCUUCUGACAACUAUGAGCCUCAUCUCAUAAUGCACCCUUGGGCAGAUAAAAUGGCAUUUAACAAGGAAAACUUGACUCCUUUGGAUGUAGUAUAUAGUGAAAAAUAUACAGAAGCAUGGGGUUUCAUCAAAAGAGAUCUGAUCAGAGUUGGUGCUACACUAGGCCGGAGAGAUGUAAUCAGCAGAGACAAUGAAGAGAUAAUAAUGAUGAAGAGGCAUCAUGCCCAUGAAAAAGUCUUACCAGUAGACAUUAGGAAAACAGCAGACAUUCAUUUAAUAGUGGCAACACUCAUUGCUACUGUUACCUUCGCGGCUUGUUUCACUGUGCCAGGUGGCUAUAAUGGCAAUGAGGGAUCAGACCAAGGUAUGGCAAUUCUAACAAGAAAAACAGCUUUCAACUUAUUUGUCAUAACAGAUACUAUAGCCAUGACAUUCUCCACAACCGCAGUGUUUAUGUACUUCAUUGUGGCAGACGACAUAAAAAGGGGAAAGCUUGUCAAGCACUAUUCUGUUGCCUAUUGUCUCAUUAUCAUUGCCAUGGAAGCAAUGUUAAUUGCAUUCAUUACAGGCAUGUACGCUGUGUUAAUGCAUUCAAAAAGCCUUGCAAUUUCAGUCUCCAGUUGUUCUUCUGAAGGUGAAUGGGUUGAUAAGGUCUGCAAAGCGAAGGAAGUAAUCAAAGGUCUUUGGCCUUGUGCCCAAGGGGAAUUUUCUGAUACCUUUGAGGUCCCUGGAUAG